AGUCUCUGGUUCAGUUUUGCAUUGCGAGAGAGGAGAGACACCCAGCACUGCACAAUUCAGCUACAGAAAGCAAAGGAAAAGCAAUAGGAAUGUCUUCCCACAGGAAAGUGGUGGCUGCAGUUAUUUUCACUAUCUUUGCAGUAGGGUUUGUAACAGGACUAAAUAAAUACAACUCAAACACAAUACCUCUCUUGGGUGGCUGGAAUGAUGCAAAGGAAGAUGAUAAGUCUAUGCUAAAAGCUUUGCAGUUUGCAACUGAAGAGUACAACAAAGGGAAUAAUGGCAACUACAUAGUUAAGGUCGUCAAGAUUAACAGAUUCAGGAAGCAGGUGGUUUCUGGAAUGAAUUAUUCAAUGAAUGUAGACGUCCUUACGACACCAUGUCGUGAUUUUGAGUCAACAUCAGAAAAUUGCCGAACUCAGAAAAAGACAUGCAGCUUUAUGGUUCGAACUGUUGCCUGGAGGAACAUCCAAGAACUGACGAGUCACUCCUGUUACUAAAGCCCCCCGCCCAUCUGUGAUGGUUCCUUCUAGUAGGCUGUGCUAAUAAAGGUUUCAUGCAUCAGUAUUUCUUAUAAUAUUCUCUUUAGUUCUGAGCAUUUAAUAGUCUUGCUUUGAGGGUUUGCAGAUCUACAGUAGUGUAAAUGUAUUCAUGACUUUAUUUGAAUGUAUUGGUUAUAAAUGUAUCACUUGUGCAGGAUAAUAUAUGGUAUAAAAAUAUAGUACCAUACUCAAUGUAGCUAAUAAACUGUUUAUCUGAGCAA